AGAGAGUCUUUUUCGAGUUUUAUUUACUACAUUGUUGGAAGAUGCGGAUUUUUAAAGGUUUUAGUCUGAAAUCCGUCGCGGAGAAAACACAAGUCGGUCUGGUUUGAGGAAGCAGCUCAGCGGCGGGGAGUGUUGUUUCUCCACGGUUCUCAUGUGUGCUAUAAGUCCCGCCUCCUGCAGCCAGCUCUCACUCGUUCAGCUGAACACAGACACGCACGUAGACAUGGCAGAGGAAGCUCCCGCAGCAGCGCCGGCGAAAGCCGCCGCCAAGUCCCCCAAGAAGAAGAAGGCCGCCGCCCGGCCCAAGAAGGAUGGACCCAGCAUCUCCAAGCUCAUCGUGGCCGCCGUGGCCGAGUCCAAGGAGCGCAAGGGUGUGUCCCUGGCGGCGAUCAAGAAGGUGCUGGCGGCCAAAGGCGUGGACGUGAACAAGGCCAACAAGCGCAUCAACACCGCCGUCACCAAGCUGGUCACCAAAGGGACCCUGAGCCAGACUAAAGGCACCGGAGCAUCCGGCUCCUUCAAGCUGGCUAAGGAGCCCAAGGCCGCCAAACCAGCCAAGAAGGUGGUGAAGAAGAAGGCUCCCGUCAAAGCCAAGAAACCCGCCGCUAAGAAGACCGCCGCGGCCAAAAAGCCCGCAGCCAAGAAACCCGCCGCCAAGAAGUCCCCGAAGAAAGCCCCGGCCAAGAAAGCAGCGACCAAGAAGGUGGCCAAGAAGAGCCCCAAGAAGCUCGUUGCGAAGAAGCCAAAGGCCGCCAAGAAGGCCGCGGUCAAGAAAACCGCCGCCAAGAAACCCGCAGCCAGGAAGACCAAGAAGUAGAUCCACCGCUUCAUCCAGCGUCACCGCAACAAAGGCUCUUUUAAGAGCCACCACACAGUCCACUCCAGAGCUUUCCUCCGAGACCUCAACCUCCCGUCAGUACUAGAAACAAAAUGAUUUGGUUCCAAACCCGCUGUCAGCAAUAAAUGUUAAAGUCGCACAAACACAUAACUUGU